AAAGUCCAAUUAAAUUUUGUUCAUAAAGUCGCAAAUCUGAAGAAGCAGACUCUCUCUCUAGCACGUUCGUGGCAGCCCAAACCGAAGCAAAUCAAAACGCAAGGCCUCUGUGACCCCUCUCUCUCUCUCUCUCUCUCUCUCUCUCAGUCUUCACCGCUUAGAUCCAAUCCUACGCCGGCGAUCCCGAUGCGGCCCACCGUCCGAUCCUCCUCCUUAUUCGCCUUCCUCGCCUUCCUCAUCGUCUCGCCGGCGUUCGCUUCCGAGUACGAUCACAAGUAUCAAGCAGAUGACCCAAUUACCCUCUGGGUAAAUAAGGUUGGGCCUUAUAAUAAUCCACAAGAAACAUACAAUUAUUACAGCCUACCAUUUUGUCAUCCAUCUGGCAAUGUGACUCACAAAUGGGGUGGCCUUGGGGAGGUCCUGGGUGGAAAUGAACUUAUUGAUAGUCAUAUUGACAUAAAAUUCCGAAAAAGUUUGGAUAGGAGCACCAUUUGUGAAAUCGAACUUGAUGAAGCGAAGGUGAAACAAUUUAAGGAUGCUGUUGAGAGUAGUUAUUGGUUUGAAUUCUUCAUUGACGAUCUGCCUCUGUGGGGUUUUAUUGGUGAACUGCAUCCUGACAAGAGUAGCGAUAACAACAAGCAUGUGCUUCACACACAUAAGAGCAUUAUUAUUAAAUACAACAAGGAUCAGAUCAUUCAUGUAAAUCUCACUCAAGAGAGCCCUAAACCAUUGGAAGUGGGGAGAACACUGGACAUGACAUAUUCUGUCAAGUGGAUUGAAACUAAUGUCACUUUUGCACGUCGCUUUGAUGUUUACCUGGAUUACCCUUUCUUUGAGCAUCAGAUACACUGGUUCUCAAUUUUUAAUUCAUUCAUGAUGGUUAUCUUCCUCACUGGGCUGGUGUCAAUGAUACUAAUGCGAACUCUUAGAAAUGACUAUGCAAAAUAUGCUCGGGAAGAUGAUGAUCUAGAGACUUUGGAAAGAGAUGUGAAUGAGGAGUCUGGUUGGAAGCUUGUCCAUGGGGAUGUUUUUCGGCCUCCUCGCAAUCUAGUGCUACUUUCAGCUGUUGUUGGGACAGGGGCUCAGCUGGCAUUGCUUGUUCUCCUUGUCAUCUUGCUUGCAAUUGUUGGGAUGUUGUAUAUCGGGAGAGGAGCAAUAGUCACAACCUUCAUUGUAUGCUAUGCUUUAACGUCAUUCAUUUCGGGUUAUGUGAGUGGUGGAAUGUAUUCACGCAAUGGGGGUAAAAACUGGAUACAAUCAAUGAUCCUCACUGCAUCACUUUUCCCAUUUAUGUGUUUCGGGAUUGGUUUCAUGUUGAAUACAAUUGCUAUAUUCUAUGGAUCCCUAGCAGCUAUUCCUUUUGGCACGAUGGUAGUUGUUUUCGUCAUUUGGGCCUUCAUCUCUUUUCCCCUUGCACUUCUUGGUACUGUUGUAGGAAGAAAUUGGAGUGGUGCUCCUAACAAUCCAUGCCGUGUGAAGACCAUUCCCCGUCCAAUCCCAGAGAAGAAAUGGUACCUCACUCCAUCUGUAGUUUCUGUGAUGGGAGGACUACUACCCUUUGGCAGCAUAUUCAUUGAGAUGUAUUUUGUCUUCACGUCCUUCUGGAAUUACAAGGUGUACUAUGUUUAUGGCUUUAUGCUGCUGGUUUUUCUGAUUCUCAUUAUUGUUACGGUUUGUGUUACAAUUGUGGGGACAUAUUUCUUGCUAAAUGCCGAGAACUAUCACUGGCGGUGGACUUCGUUUUUCUCCGCUGCCUCAACAGCUGUCUAUGUGUAUUUGUAUUCAAUAUAUUACUACUAUGUGAAGACGAAGAUGUCUGGCUUCUUCCAGACCAGCUUCUAUUUUGGAUACACUCUGAUGUUUUGCCUCGGAUUAGGAAUUCUUUGCGGAGCUGUUGGUUAUUUGGGCUCCAAUUUGUUCGUGAGGAGGAUCUACAGAAACAUCAAGUGUGAUUAGGGCACACCUGAGAAGGAAUGGAUCGGAUGGUACUUCCAUGAGCUUUUUACGUCUUGAUUGUUGAGAAUGAAUGAGAGGAAGCCGCCGGUCAUGUAUGUGGGGGGAACCCACCGAUGUUUACAGAUGGAAAUCAUAUAUAGUUUGAGGAUUGGCAUGUAACUUUUCUAGAUAUAUGACGAAGCCCUGAGAUUUUACCCUUUUUUUCCCUGGGCUGUAAGUGAUUUCUUCUUUACUUUUAAUUUAGGAUAUGCAGAGAUUGUUUUUAUAAAUAUAAAAAAGAUAACAUUGAAAUGUGACUCGCUCGCUUGUCAUGUAGUUAUUUUUCCUCCUCUUACCUUA